ACAUAUUAACACAAAUUCAUGCUAAAUUCCAGGUUAAUUACAGAUACCUUCGAAUAAUCCUAAAUAAUAUAAUACUUUUUCGUUCUUUUUCAGAAGAGAUAUAAAAAAAAGAGAAAGGGAAGUAUGAUUGGUCCUGCUCUUCGUAGGCGGGGAUAGAUUAGCUACAAAUACACAGCGCGGCGCCUUUCCGGGAGAUUAGAACAGACCAAGGAACACAAACUCACACACAUACAAUAAAACUGGACGGAUUAUUCAUUGCUUUUAACAGCAAAAAGGAGAACUGAAAAAUGACCAAGGACACAGAGAUCGACAUGGAGGAAGUAAAGCUCAAUGAGCUGGACCCCGAAAAGCAGCCCAUGACAGGUGACGGCCAGGCAGCAGGUGGCGAGAAGAAUGGCAGCGUCAAGCUGAAGGUGCCUGAGGAUGAGGUUACAUUCACUGGCCUCUCCAAAGAGGAGCUGAUGAAGGUUGCUGGCACUCCAGGAUGGGUGCGAACCCGCUGGGUGCUUCUCGUCCUGUUUUGGUUGGGCUGGGUCGGCAUGCUUGCUGGAGCCAUUGUGAUUAUUGUUAAAGCCCCCCGCUGCAAGCCCGUCCCUGAGAUGUACUGGUGGAAUGAAGGGCCUUUAUACCAGAUCACUGACCUCGAGGCCUUUUCUGAUGGAAUGAAAGGUGUGGAGGGAAAAUUGGAUGAUAUGUCUAAGCUGAAGGUCAAAGGCCUGGUUCUUGGUCCUCUUCACACUGUGCAGGCUGACCAACCAAGCACUCUCGAGCUGCAAGAGAUUGACCCAAGUUAUGGAUCAAAGGAAACUCUUCAAGCUUUGAUUGAAAAAGCAAACAAGAAGGGUAUUUCUGUGGUGCUUGACCUGACUCCAAACUAUCAUGGAACUGCUCCCUGGUUCACUGCCAACCCUGACGAAAGCACUGAUGAAACGGUGGAGAAACUCAAGGCUGCAGCGGAGUACUGGCUGAAUUUGGGUGUCGGUGGCAUAAAAGUAUCAAACUUCUCUCAGGCUGCUUUGUCUGCUGAGUGGCCAAAACUAAGAGCAGCUGUCCAGGGCAACCGCUCUGAGGCAACCAAAGCAAGGCAAGUGUGGGCUCUGAUGGGUGUGGUUGAAGACAUUUCGGCCCCAGCAGUGACUCAGCUGGUCAAUUCUUCUGGUGUUGAUCUUGCUCUGUUGGACUUGCUCAGCAGAAAAACUGAUGGCAAGGAGCGCCUUGGGGACAUGAACAUCCUCCAUUUUGAGCAGAGGAGUAUCGGCUGGGGUCUUGGUGCCAGCAAUGGGGUUCAUUUGUCCAAAAAGGCCCCUGGUCUGACUCGUCUCUACCAGCUUCUGUUGUUCACCAUGCCUGGAACCCCAGUGUUUACCUACGGAGAUGAAAUCGGUCUUCAGGCUAAUGAUUCCACAUCACCAAAGAUGGUUUGGGAUGUAGAGAAAGAGUCGUCUGCAGAGACUGCUGAGGCUAAUCUUAAGGAGUAUGCUGCUGUGAGAAAGUGGUUCAUAUCCCUCAGUGACCUGCGAGGCAAAGAGCGCUCCCUCCUUUACGGCGACUACUACCCUCUUUACUCCUCUCCCUCAUCCCUCUCUUUCCUGCGCUUAUGGGACCAGAGUGAAAGGUAUAUAACUGCUGUCAACUGGGGAGACCAAGCGGAGACGCUAAAGCUCUCCCUGCCAUCUACAGAGGGAGAGUUGCCAGAAACGGCAAAGGUUAAGUUAUCAACAGACGAAAACCUGGUGGACGAGUCCUCAGUCAGCCUGGACAACUUCACCCUGGGACCUGGAAAGGCUGUCCUCCUGCAGUUUCCCUUUACAGGCUAAAGGUGGCGCCUAAUCCUAAGCUUCCUGCAGAUGAGAAUGGGUUUUCUAAGAGAUGCUCAAUUAAAUUCUAACCAUCAGGAAUAAGGCCACGUUUAAAAGCUGAAUUAAUGUAAUAAUACAACAUUAACUGGGUCAGAACACUGAACAACUGCCAUCACAAUAUUGGUUGCUGUCUUUUUUUUUGUUUUCUUUUUUUUUUUUUGUUCAAUCUUUCUAACUUUUUUCCAGCAGAAGAGCUGCUGUCACCUCAGUUUUGUUCCUUUGGAUCUUUUACUGUUGACAUCACAAAGUUCAGAUUUGUGAAAGACAUUCCAUUAUUGUUCGUUGGGCAUUCCUUUCACAGUCCUGUAACUUUUUUUAUUGCUUUUUAAAGUGUUUUAGUGGCUGUGUAUUUGGAUUUGUUUUUGUUUUAAUUUUUACUUUGUUCAGCGACAUUUCAAAUGUGAAAAGAAAAUGGCUUGAAACGUUUGAUCCAACCCUAAAAGAAAAAGCGAGCUCACAGAAAAUAAACCAGUCUGAACUGA